CUCAAUUAGUUAAUUAUUAUUGCAAUUGGUCCAGAAAAACAGCAUCCACUGUCUCAAUCUGCAUCAAUCUUGCAUCAAUCUUUAUUGAGUCGAGAUCGAGACAAGCAUCAGGAGCAGCAGUGAUGUCUGCGCAGAGCGGCGCCGCGGCCGCGGUGACGGUGCGGGCCGCCACGCGGGACGACAUGCCCCUCGUGCACAACAUGAUCUAUGAGCUGGCGGCGCACGAGGGCGUCGCUGACGGGCCGAAGCUUUCAAUCCAAGAUCUGGUUUCGGACGGAUUCGAGCAGUCUCCGGCGUGGUUCUUCGUGUUGAUAGCCGAACUGGACGGACAGGUGGCCGGGUAUGCGCUCUGCAACCGCGCAUACUCCAGCUGGACGGGGCGCGCCGUGUACGUGGAGGACCUGUGGGUGUCGGAGCGGCACCGGCGGCGCGGCGUGGCGCGGGCGCUGCUGCGGGCGCUGUGCGAGCGCUGUGCGGCGGAGCAGGUGACGCGGCUCGACUGGCACGUGCUGGAGGACAACGCGCCGGCGCUGGCGCUGUACGCGCGGCUCGGCGCCCGCGACCUCUACCGCUCCGAGCGUCGCCUGGCGCUGCGUCUGGACGAGCCCUGCAUCUUGGCCGUCGCCGCGGGCCACCUGCUGCCGUCCACUCCACCUCAGUCGGGCGCCCAUAUAUUUCCUCGUUUCGAUUAAUGAAUUUAAACAGAAGAACUUCUAAUGUCAAUGAAUCGUUUACUUAUAAUACAUAAUACAUUUUAUGACA